AUAUAACAAUAUGCCAUAAACCUUAUGAUGCUUCUAGAUUAAAAAAAAUAAUUUCUAAGUGAUCUUAUUGUUGAAGAAGUUUAUUGUUAACUUGCAUAGACCACAUAUAGUGUGUGACUUUAUUUUUCAUCGCGCAAGCAGUGCCAUAACUUAGUUUUAUUGCGAAAUGGCGUUCGUGGUGUACUACAUGAAUACUAUAUGCAAGAAGGACCCAAUCAAGACAGAGAUACAACACAUUUUGACAUCGAGUUGCGAUUCCUCCAUCUGCAAAAGCGCAAGCUAGUGGGCGUAAAGGCGUAACAAGGAAUUGAGGCGCCAGAUUAGGGAGCUCAGCCCGCGCAAAAUGAAGUGGCAGUCGGCGACCACAUAUCCCUAGAGACAAUUACGGAGGACGAUGUGGAACCCAGCACAAAUCAAGACGAAAAAUGGAGGGCAACCAACUGAACAUAAUUGUUCAGACUUAAAACCGAUCAGAUAAAUCAGAUGAAACUUUGGUCAUGUGUUCAUGACUUCAACUCUGUGGUCGUCAACAAAGGAACUUGCUUCUGAAUCUGAACGGUGCAUGCAUUCUCAUGACGAUGGCUGCCAAUACCAAGAUAUUCGCGGAUGAAGAGACUAAUAACUGGUUUAAGGCUUGCAUAGCCCUCACUGUGACAAAGACAGGACUGACUAAUUUCAUUGAGAACACAAUUAAAAAGGUGCACGCACCAUUUGGUAGCAGUUGUGGGCAAUGUUCUAUUGAAUUCCCCAAAUGCCAAACAUGUGUUAAAGUGAAACUUGGUAUAGAAUCAUGUCAUCGAUUCAAACGUCCUUCAUGGAAGAACACUAAAGCCCAAGGUUGGAAAUCAAACUGGUGGCAAAUUGCCAAAUGUUACCUUCCUCCGACAGGAUAUGCUGGCGUGUCAUCUGUUCAGGAAUCAGACUUUAACGCGGUGAUCAACAUUAUUUUGAACUGCAAAGAUUUUCAGAAUCAUCUCUGUUCCUCAUGGCUUUUACCUUUGCCGCCUAACCCGCAAUGUCCAUUAGAAAAGGUCCGUCAAAUUGGUAGAGAUGUACGCCACAGUGCCACGUGCAAGACAACAGUUGCUGAACUUCAGUACUAUUUCAAAACAUUGACCAACCUGCUGGCAGAUUCGAAAUGCCUGGCAAGAGAUCCUGAUGCAAAUAAAGCCGUCAUUAUGCUAACUGAUCUUCAGAAUGACCGCCUCCCUCUGACUGAAUUUGGCAAUCUGAUUCAAGAUUUCAAACAAGCAAUUGAGCGUAUUAAAGAUGCCACUGAGCAAGAAUUCUCUGAAAAAUUAAAACAAACUCUGGAGGAAGGUUUGAACAAAAUAAAGGAAGCAUUGAAGGACGUUGAACAAGUGAUACAACAAGCUAAUAGUGAAAUAACAGCUAAGAUGACUGACGCCACUAGCCAAAUUGAACAUAAAAAGGGGGAGAGUGUUCAGAUAUUAUAUGACAGGGCAGAAUAUUGUAAACAAAAAAUCGUAGCUGAGACGGAGACAUUGAUAAAAAGCAGUGUUCAACUUAUAAAAGACGAAUCUAAAGAUAGCGUAGAGGUCAUUCAACGUAAGAUGACUGAAGCCACUAGCCAAAUUGAAGAGAAAAAGGGGGAGAGUGUUCAGACACUAUAUGACAGGGCAGAAUAUUGUAAACAAAAAAUCGUAGCUGAGAUGGAGACAUUGACAAAAAGCAGUGUUCAACUUAUAAAAGACCUAACGAACGAUAGCAUAGAGUGCAUCCAACAAACAGAUAAUGACAAGGCAAAAGACGACUACAAAGACAAUGCAGAAGAAGAACGCUCUAAAAGCAACAUACAGGCACGGAACCAAAAUGAAAAAGAAGAAUAUGAACGAGGCGUAGCAGAAAUGCUCAAAAUUUUGAAGACACAUUACAAAAGAAAACUGAGUAACUUGACCUUCUCACCAUUGAAUGAUAGUGUUGCAGCCCCUUUAGAUGAUUUCUACAUGCAACCAAAUAUUCAGCUCAUGAAAAAAGACAAGGGGUGCUUUAUCAAAACUGGUACACAAAUUCUGUUAUACAAAAACCUGUUUUCUAAGGACAGCAAAUUAAACCAACAGACUUUCAUACAAGGCGAAGCUGGGUCAGGUAAAUCCACUUUUCUGGCCAGAUUAGUUAUGGACUGGUGUGAUUCACCUAAGAGAAGCGAUAAUUUCUUUCAAGAUUUAAAAACUCUGAAAGAUUACAAGUUCAUAUUUCUUGUCACAUUAAGGAAUUCAGUUCAGGAGUUUAAUAUUGAAGAGAUUAUUAAACAACAGGUAAUUGACUCCCUUUAUGGCAAAGAGGAUUGUGAGAAAGCGUACAAACUACUGAAUGAAAUCAUGAAACAGGAACAUUGCUUAAUACUAUUGGAUGGUCUAGAUGAGUGGACCGGACCUGGAAAUGAUCACAACCUACCGGAAUUAAAAGCAUUACAUUACACUGAAAGCCGCUGCGACCUGUUAAUUACUACUCGACCUUGGAAAUUGGCUGAUGGAAAGAUUAAGGAUUCCGAGAUUGACAUAUUAUUGCAACUAGAAGGAAUAAAAUAUCCGUUUAAGCUCAGCAAAUGCAUCCUUCGUAGAAAGUACCAAGAUGAAAAUGUUCUGAAAGCAAAAAACUCAGCCUUUACAAAGUACAUACAGAAACAGAAGCUGAAAGAGUUACUGCAAUCGCCAAUGAUGCUGUCUGUCAUCGUAUGUUGGCAUGAUGAAGGAGAGCGCAAACUUAUUUCAAAGUGUGAAAUUUACAGUUCUUUGAUUGACAGUCUUCUAAAGAAAGUGAGCAAUGAAGAGGGAUACUUUGAAGAUCAGCGGUUUAACUGUUUCGCUGAGACACAAUACAUACAACCAAAUAUUCACCACGUGAAUCAAAUAGCUGAAGCAGCAUUCCGUUUGUUGUUUUCAGAUAUACAGGAAAAAUCACUAGUAUUUGGUGCCAAAGAUCUCAAACUUGAGGAUGCGCAGAGAAAGUUUGCCUUGAAAGCCGGUAUUUUAACAAAAGCGAAGACAUCAAGUCUAGCAAGAUCAUCAUCAACGUUUUCAUUUUUCCACAAAAGCAUUCAAGAAUUCCUUGCUGCAUACUAUAUCGCAUGUAAUGAGAAAGUCAUCAAUGAAACCAUUGCUGGAUAUUUUGAACAAUAUGACAAAUCUUACCUUGCCAUGACCCAACUCUUUAUAUUUCUGUGUGGAGUGAGCAUCUCUGCAGGGAAUGCACUCUCUGACUUGAUGAAUAAAUCUAACGUGAAGUAUAACUCCCAUGGAAACACCCUGUAUCAGGACUGCGUCUUUGCUGGAUAUAGAGAGGCGGUUGCCAAUAAUAGACAGAGUACCGGUAGUAUUAACCUUAGACUCACUUGUUUCAUCAUCAACGACAUCAGUCUAGAUUUACAAAACCUCUGGAAUAUGAAUGUGUCAAAUGUCAUGUCACUAACAAUGAGGUUACCAUCUGUACAUAGAGUUUACACAGGAUUUAAGAUUGACCUGUCAUUGUGCCACAAGCUGAAGUCAUUACAACUCGAGGGCCCAGGUAUAGAGUUGAAAGAGGGUGAUGAGAAUGUGCUUGAUGACAUAUUGACUGGCAACCAGGAUGAUGAAUUACUUAAUGCUGAAGAUUCAAUGGACAUUUCACCGUCCAAAGUUGUAAAACAUUCUGCCAGUGUGACCUCAUUGGAAUUUCGAGUCUGGGAUGUUCAAAUCAGUACCGAUCUAAGCCAGUGCACAACUCUGCCCUCUAUAGAAUAUAUUAAAUUAGAGAGUGUCAAAUGUUCCUAUACGUUGCUAUGCAGUCUACUCAGCAGUCUGCUGACACUUGAUCAUCAGGUGAAGUGUAUGCUGAAUGACUGUGAAAUAACGUCAUGCGUAAAGGGUGCAGUCAGCACAUUAUUUGAUAUUGGCGAAGUAAAAAUAAAAACAGAAAAUAAAAAAAUAGCAGUGUCCGUACGUGAUAACGAUGCCAGAUUGUGGGAUGCCCUAAAUGGUCUGUAUAUCAAUAGUCUGAGUCUGGAUGAUCGUUGGAAAGCUUUUCGAGAAAAUCAUAAAGAGUCGUUGUCUCAGACUCUUGUAUUGCUCUCACAUCUGGACAAACUUAGUAUUGUAGUGGAUUAUGACACACCUGAUCAGUGGAAGACUCUUCACGGUUUAAAUAUUAAGAGUCUGAUUCUACGUAUGAAAGAAGUGAAUCAUGCAGAGUCGUUGUCUCAUUCGCUAGCCUCGCUUAAACAGCUAGAAAUGCUUAGUAUUGAUGUGGGCACUGGCAAUCGUGCUCUGUGGGAGGCUCUUCAUGGUUUAAAUAUUAAGAGUCUGAUUCUACAUAUGGAUGAAGUGAAUCAUACAGAGUCGUUGUCUCAGUCGUUAGCCUCCCUUAAACAGCUAGAAAUGCUUAGUAUUGAAGUGGACUAUGGCAAUCGUGCUCUGUUGCAGGCUCUUCAUGGUUUAGGUAUCAAGAGUCUGAGUCUGAGUUGGAACUGGAGUUGUAUGUUUCAAGGUUUGUCAGUGAAGAAUGCGAUGUCUCUGAAGCAGUCGAUAUUAUCGCUCAAACAGCUGGAAACACUUGAUGUUAGUGUGGAUGAAGACACUCCUGGUUUGUGGGAGGCUCUCCAGGGUCUGAGUAUCAAGAGUCUGAGUCUGAGAGGCCAGCUUGAAUUUAAGAAUGCGACGUCUCUGAAGCAGUCGAUAUUAUCGCUCAAACAGCUGGAAACACUUAAUGUUUAUGUGUAUGAAGACAAUCCUGUUCUGUGGGAGGCUCUUCAGGGUCUUAGUAUAAAGAGUCUGAGGCUGAGUUUUUUCAGAAUAAAUUUUGAAGAGAAGUAUGCGACGUCUCUGAAACAGUUGCUAGUAUCGCUCAAAGAGCUGAAUACACUAACUGUUAGUGGUGUGAAUGCAGGCAAUCCUGGUAUGUGGGUGGUUCUCCAGGGUCUGAAUAUCAAGAGUCUGAGUUUGAAUCUGAGUCAGAAUCUAGGUUUUGGACUGAAGUAUGCUCAGAAUCUAUGGUUUGGACUGAAGUAUGCGACGUCUCUGAAGCAGUCGAUAUUAUCGCUCAAAGAGCUGGACACAAUAAGUAUUAGUGUGGAUUACGACAGUCUUGGUCUGUGGGAGGCUCUCCAUAGUCGGAGUAUCAAGAGUCUGAGACUGCCAGGUAUUGAUGGAGGUUUUGAAAGGAAGUAUGCGGAGUCUUUGGAACAGUGGCUGUCAUCGCUCACAAAGCUAGACACACUUAAAAUUGGGAGUCUGAGUAUGAGUUUGGGUAGCAAGUAA